AUGAUUCGAAGUAUUUAUUUUUUCAAUCUAUGUGCAUUUCUAAUACUUGGACUGUUCGUUAUUCUAAUUGGUUUGCCUCUCGUUACGAAUCCAAAAUCGAGACUUUCUUACUUAAUUUCCGAAAACCAAGUCGACACCAAAAAACAAGUACAUGCAACUCCACAAAUCAACGAAGAAUCAGAUGUCAGUCCUGAACAAUUUAAAGACGAUAACGACUCUGUUACAACUUUCACAGAACAACAACUCAAAGAAUACAACAAGAACUUUCCUGAUAAAUAUUUUGAACAACAUGAUGAAGACGUUGAUGUUUUUAAGUUCAAAACAGAAGGAGAACAAGACAGGGUUGAGGAAAAAAGGUGGCACAAAAAGGCACUUUCGAAAUGCAAAUAUUGCAACAAAUUCCCAAAUAAUCAGACUGAAAUUGACAUGAAAAAGAUGUAUGUCAUUCCAAAUAUGUGUCAUGGCCGCAUCGAUGCCGUGUGGAUAUGGGUGAAUGGCAGUGACCCAAAAUGGCGUAACGAUUUAAGUCGAUAUGAAGAUAAAAUAGACUUUAACAGAUAUCGAGACUCAAGAGUUUUAAAAUACUCAAUGAGAAGUGUCUCAAAGUACUUGCCAUACAUUAAACACUACUUUUUAGUCACCGCCGACCAAGUCCCCGACUUUAUUGAGUCGCCCGGUAAUUUGACACAUUUUCGAAUCAUUAAAAAUGAGAUAACACUUGAGGUGAUACCACACAAAGAUCUUAUCAAUAACACAAUUUUGCCAACAUUCAAUUCUGAAGCAAUCGAAACGUAUUUGUUCAAAAUCCCAAAUUUGUCUGAGUGCUUUGUGUUUCUUGGAGACGACUUUUUCUUCUAUCGACCAACACCACCAGACUAUUAUUUUAAAGGAGAAAAACUUGUGAUACACACAGAACAAAAGGUGCCAGCUGAUAGAAAACCAUUUGAGAAAAAUCAAUACAUGACUUGCAUGUUUUAUUCUAACAAACUUAUUAACACGUAUUUUGGAAAAGAUCCAAACCACAAAAAUAUGAUCAUGUCACACACACCACAUAUGUUCAGAAAAAGUAUUUUAAAAGACGUCGAACAGGCGUUUUUGAAUGAAAUUAAUAAACAAAGAAAUUCAAAAAUGAGGAGGUGGAACAGCACUAAUUGGGGGUUUUUGUUCGGGAAUUAUGUUGCGUCAAAGGGGCUUGGUGAAUACUCAAUUCAUGAUAACAAAUGUUAUUUUUUUAUGGUUCGAAACAACCAUAUUAACAACGUCAUGGAGAAAAUAAUAGUAAUUGAAACGGAACCUUAUACACUUGGUGUAAACGACGAGAUGAAUGACAAAUUCUUUGAAAAGGAGAUGAGAUAUAUCCACAGGUGGUUAGAAACUAAAUACAUAAACAAGACAGUGUUUGAAAGGUAA